CCAUGUAGUUGAAAGAAAAAAAUAGAGAGAGAAAGUUAUAUAUGGUCUGAGUCUCAUAAAUUGUUGGUGGAUAUUGAAUUUUAUUAAAAGGAAGAGGUCUCUACAAGACAAAUUGCUUGGUUCGAAGACUGUGAUUGAUUUUUACGAGAGGCGAACGCCAUUUGUAGAAAGGAUUGAAGAAAAGAACAAACCCAAUUAAAGGCCCUACGGUAAUCUCCCCAAUACGUUUCUCUACCGCUUAUCCCACGAAUCUUAUCCACUUCUCUCUUUCUCUCUCUUCUGCAUAUCUUAAUCUCAGCUUUCAUUCCUUUCCCAACCCUCUUCUCUUUAUUUUAUUAUUAUCUUCUUUUGUUUAUAUUCGUGUUAUCUGUUGAGCGAGGGAGAUAGGGAGGUAGGAGGAGGAGGAGGAAGGUUUGGUUGUUGGGUCUUAGGGUUUUCUUCUUCUUUGAAGUCCUCGAGUAAUCUUUGUGCUUAACAACCACACUUUUUGAUUCAAUCGAGGGUUUUUCUUAUCUUUUUUUGGGGUUUUUGUAUCUGGGUUUUUUCGUUUGAGUUCGGAUAUGGCUUUGGUUUCGGCAUUUUUGGAGAUUUUCCGGAGACCCACGAUUGUGGAGGUGUUGGGUGAGCUCGUCUUGUUCAUCACUCCUCUUUGGAUUGCGGUUUUUGUUGGGGUUGUGGUUGGCUGGGCAUGGAGACCUAAAUGGGCAAGUUUGGUGGGUAGAGAUAUGUCUGAUUGUUCGGCCUCAAAACAAGAAGCUUCAUCGUCCUCGCCACCGACAUCGUCGUCUCUGUACUUUGCUUCGAUGCCAAGCUUGAAUUCGUUGAAAUUUCAGCUGCCCAGUUGCGUUUCAUGGGGUUCUGAGGAUGGGAUUCAACAGAAUGCUAUCGCCGUACCAGCUAUGGUCAAUUCUGAUUCUAGUUCCUCACGGCUUACAAACGAAAUUCCAUCUCUUGUGAAUGGAGAUGAUUUGGAACACCUUUGUCGGAUUGUUGAGGAGAAAGAUGGAGGUCCUGCUUGGAUUAAGAUGAUGGAUCGUUCCACCCCAACUAUGGGCUAUCAAGCAUGGCGAAGGGACCCCGAGACCGGACCUCCACAAUACCGUAGCAGAACUGUGUUUGAGGAUGCCACGGCUGAGUUGGUGAGGGAUUUCUUUUGGGAUGAUGAGUUUCGAAUGAAGUGGGAUGACAUGCUUAUUCAUUCAUCUAUUUUGGAGGAAUGCCCAACUACUGGAGCCAUGGUUGUGCAAUGGGUGCGCAAGUUCCCCUUCUUUUGUAGCGAUAGAGAGUACUUGAUAGGUCGUCGCAUUUGGGAAUCAGGACAGGCGUACUACUGUGUCACUAAGGGAGUACCCUACCCAUCUGUUGAAAGGCGCAGCAAACCUAGACGUGUUGAUUUAUACUAUUCGAGCUGGUGCAUUCGUCCAGUUGAAUCAAGAAGAGGAGAUGGCCUGAUGACUUCCUGUGAGGUUUUACUGUUUCACCACGAGGAUAUGGGUAUACCCUGGGAACUUGCAAAACUUGGAGUCCGGCAGGGUAUGUGGGGAGCUGUUAAGAAGAUUGAUCCUGGUUUGCGCAAAUACCAGAAGGCAAGAGCCGCUGGAGCCCCAUUUUCACGAUGUGCCCAUUUGGCUCAUAUUAACACAAAAGUCAGUGCUGACUACCUGAGAACAAUAGAAAAUGCUUGUGAAGAUUCAUCAGUGGUCGAAGGACACAACACAUUGGAGAAACAAGAAGGAAAGAACAUUCCUAAACUUCUAGUUGUCGGUGGGGCAGUUCUGCUCGCCUGCAGUCUUGACCGGGGACUAUUAACCAAGGCCGUUAUUUUUGGGGUUGCCCGAAGAUUCGCUAAAAUUGGAAGAAGGUUAUGAUCCAGAUUCCAGAGUGAUUUUUGCUUGUUCUUACCAAGAGGGGCCAUGAAAAGCUCGUCAUUUGUAAAUUUAGAAAAUUUGCUCAUAUGGUGGAUUUUCCCACUCAGCUACUUUCAUGAGCUACCUUCACAAGCAUUGAAGGUUAUUCUUUUUCUUUAUAUUUAUUUUUCCUUGUUCGGGCGCUAGGAAAGAGCUGUAGAAUUGACAACCCCCGCCAAAAGAGUAAAACAGAAAAUGAAGAGAAAUGAAAAAGAGGUCAAGUUCCUGUAUUUUAAAUAUGGAUGUCUUAGAAAAGUAUCUUCUGCGGCAUGAAAAAUAACAGGCUUAUUCAACUUUUUCCUCCUUUUGGAGAGUUAUGUUAGGACAAAAUUUACAUUAAAAGGUUAGCAGUGUUAUGCCUUUGCUCUUUUUAAAGUAUCAUAUAGUGUAAAGUGUCUUUAUAUUUGGUGUAGCUUUUGGGCAUCCAUGUAAUCUGAAGUAGUAGUGAUGAGUAUCUAUGUAGCUGGUGUAAUUCUUAGACGUGAAUUUUGUACCUAUCUCUUUGAAAUAUGUCUAAUGAUAUAUAAACUUUGUCAA